AUGGGUCGAGGUACUGGCAAAUUGGGAGACCCGGAGCGUAUGGACCUGGGCGGCGGUACUUUCUCCUUGCGAGAGAAUAUACCCAUCGUGUUCUUCGCAACUGUUCACGAGUGGGCAGCCGGGCUCAGUAUAGUUGUCCUAGAUUCAGCCAAGUCUGCAAGGAAUCCGAUCCGUAUUGAGAUUUCAAACCUAGGAAUGAAGCCUAGGAAGAGGAUGCCUUCCACUGUAUAG